ACAAACCAAUGGAUUGUUUCACCCACAAACAUUAGGUACGUUCUUCCAAUACUUGAUCCUUGACUACAUCCUGAGACCUAUAGCAACUGUGAUUCCUGCACCGUGGCAGCCAUGAAAGGAAGUUAGGAGAUUCCCCCCCUUCCACUUGGUUUCUGCAAGUGGUGGCACAUUUUCAUGUCUGCCAUUUUGGAUAAGAAAUGUUUUCUGAAGAUUUAGUUUGUGGCUUUCUUGCGUACAAGUUAGAAAGAUCAAUCGAGAAGGAUAUGGAUGGUUGUAUUAUUUAUUUACUUCAUCUUUUUGAACACAUUCCUAUAAUGACUAUUGGAGCUAAUGAUGAUUAUAGCUUUCCUAGACCCUAUCAUCAACAUCUGUUGCUUAGUCUAAAUUAUCAUCUAGUAUUGUAGGGCACCUCUCUCUUUUUCCUUGCUUGUUCUCAUUCUUUUGACUUUAUUAAUGAAUGCAAGAAUAGUUGACCUCAAUUUAGUAGUGAAUGUUCUUAUCAGCCUUGAUCAUGGAAAUAUUAGCCAAAGGCCAUGAAUGCAUUCAUCUUUCUUCUUGCUUAAUUUAAUCUUUGCUUUGUCAAGUUGACUUUCUUAUGGACCAUUCAUGUAACUUGAAAUUUUUGGAUGUCAUAAUCCAUAAUCUACCAAAAAGUUGACUUUUUUUUUACUUACACCCACUGGUAUCUUCACUUUAUGCAACCCAACUAGGAUUUCCAACUUCUUUGCCUUGUUAAAAUUUGGUUGGCUGACAAGGAUCCUAUUUACUUUGUCUUAGUAAGUCAACCCUAUGACCUUAUAGCCAUCUAGUUCUCUUUGAGAUUUACAUGUUGAUUCUCUAAAUUCUAGUGCAGCCAAUCUUCACUGAAUCAGACCUACAAAAUGCAUCAUUUUUGUCACAUCAAACUUUAUAUUUUUCAAAUAUAUGAUUCUAUAUUUUGCAUGUGUCACUAGUGAAUUUGCCUCCCUUAUCCUUAUCCUUUGAGCAUUGUAUGGAAUGUAUUGAAUGACAUUUGAAUAUCUGAAUAUAAAAUAAAUGACGAAGAAAAAGAAUCAGAUAAAAGGCUAAUAGAGAAAGAAAGCAAACAAUGACAGAAUUAAAAAAAUGAUUAAGAUUACAAGAGAAGUAUUUUAGUUAUCUAAUCUAAACCAAACAAUAUUAAUUUGAGAUACAGGAAUGUAAUAUAUAUGGAUCAAAAAUUAAAAGGGUGUUCUGAAUUAUGCAAAUCAAAAGCAUUCCUUUUUCAAAAAAACAAAAAAAGUCAAAAGAUUACACCUUAUUGCAGUGCAGCUACCGAGUGGCUACUUUUAGCUGCUGCUAUAACAUGUUUAGGAUUUAAGAUUUAAUUUGAUUAAAAUAAAAUAGGUGCCUUGCAGUAAUUGUCGGUAGCUAUUAUACAGUUGUAAUUAAAUCCUAAAUUUUGAAUAUUGGUAUAUCAAAAUAUUAUUUAUCAACUUAGUUAAAAUUAUUUUAAAACAGUUGUAAAAAUUACUAAAUGGUUACUACAAUACUAUAACAAUAUUAUAUUAAGUGUUAGAAGAUGUACAACUAAUCGUAGUUGCUACAAUAACACUGGAAUAAAAGGUAUUAUCUGCCCCUUUACUUGGAGUAUCAAUACACUAAAGAACCGAUGAAAAUGGUUUAUAAUAUACCUGAAUUUGUUCAACUCAAAUUAUGGCAUAUAAUAUAGGAAAAAGCCUUGCAAUAACUAUUUUAUAAUCAGUAUGAUUAGUAAGUCAAUGAUUCCUUUAGAAUUAUCAUGAACAGAAAAUUAAUAGUGGAGUGUGCACUCGUGAGGAAGCUAAUUGUUUUUCUCUAAUAUUCAUUAGCUUAUUGCACUCACAUCCCACCAUGUGAGGGCAUAAUAUCAUCAUCAUGGCGAGGGAGCUAAAAGCCAUGUUUUGACUUAUUGUUACAAGCUUUGCGGAGGAGGAAAGACUCAUAAUGAAUAAUAUUCUUUUUUUUUUUUUUCUUAGAUUAGGGUAAUUAACAAUGCCAAAGGAACAUAAUUAUAAGUGUGGUAUUCAGGGGCGGAGCUAGGAUAUUAAUUUAGUGUAGGCGUGGUCACUCAUGCUACUUGACAAGGUAACAAUGUGAUAGUCUCAUGAGCGAUUGCUGCCCCACCCAACAACGAUGCAGGAGUGUAUUUAACCGUUGUACGACCAAUAUCACAAACCUAACCCAUGGUGUUUGAGUAAGCGCCGAGCUUGAGGCUAUCUAUGGCAGUUUCUAACUUGUCUUCCAAUUUUAAAAACUUUUUUGUUUCAUUUAUAAUGGGAGCUAUGGAUCUACCAUUUUAGUUUUUCUUUUUUAAAAUCUUUUUUGGCUUUCCCUUCAUAACGUGUAAUGUUGUAAUUUGUUGCUCAAUGGACAAUUUGUAAUGGGAGCUUAGCUUUCUUCACAACUUGUAAUGUUUUGUUAUGUCGUCCAGUGUGGGCAACUGCCCACACUGGGCCUACGUUGGCUCCGCCCCUGGUGGUAUUGUAAGUGUAGACCUUGAGAUUGAUGAGUCAAAGUUCGAGCCAUAUAAAGUUAGGAUGCUCCACAUCUCUUGUGUUCGACAAAUAUAUGUCGAUCCAUUAUGUUUAACACGGACAAAUGUGUAUAAUCUAUUAUAUUUAUAUGUAUACAUCCUAAAUACUCUUGUAGUCGAAUUACUAGUCAUUUUGAAAUAGAACGAACUCGGUUUGCCAUUGAAUCCAAUGUAAGUAGCUAGCCCCCAUGAAGAAUCUUUUGGCAUGCAUAAAUGUGGCAGACAAAAGAUUCCAUCAAUGUUAACCUAGUCAAAAUGGCUCAUAGGAUCGCAUUACAAUUCCCUCAAAAGUCAAACACCAACAAAAAGAUGUAAUCAACCAAUAUUUUAUUUCCCAAAAAUGUUAUUAUUCUUUUUUAUUUUUAAAAUAAUAAUAAUAAAAAAACACAGCAUGUGCGAAUUGCACUGUUUAACCUUUUCCAUCCUUAAAUAACUCCCCUCCUCCACCUUCUCUAUGCACGCAUAACUACUACUUGUUAAACAAUGAGUAAGGUGGGGGUGCCGCUAGUGCCGGUCAUCUUUGUCCUCCUCCCUCUCCUCCUCCUCGCCGCGGCCGACAGUGUCAUGGCAGCUGCGUCGGAGCAGCAGCAGAGCCGGUGCUUAAGCUGGAGGGUGGCGGUGGAGGCAAACAAUGCUCGGGCAUGGAGCUCCGUCCCACCCACAUGCAUCAAGUAUGUGGAGGACUAUAUGCUGCGAGGCCAAUACCAGAGGGACCUCGACGCAGUCACCUACCAGAUUUUCGCAUACCUAAACAACACCAUCAACGCCACUGCCGAUGGAAUGGAUGCUUGGGUGUUCGACGUCGACGACACCAUCCUCUCCAAUCUUAUAUACUACAAGGGCAAACACUAUGGAGGAGACCCUUAUGAUCCAUUGGGAUUUAGAAGUUGGGCACAAAGAGGGAUUUGCGCGGCCAUUCCUAAGAUGCUCCGAGUGUACAAAAGACUGAUAGAGAAAGGUUUCAAGGUGUUUCUUGUGACCGGAAGGGACGCGGAGAUGUUCAACUCAUCGACAUCUCAGAACUUGGAUGCUCAAGGGUUCAAAGGGCAUGAGAGAUUGAUAAUGAGAGGGGCAGAUUACAGAGGGGUCGGUGCUUCGGUGUUCAAGUCUACGAUGAGGAAGCAGUUGGUGGAUGAAGGAUAUAGAAUCAGAGGCAACGUCGGUGACCAGUGGAGCGACUUGUUGGGAGAUUGCAAUGGUGAUCGCAUCUUUAAAGUGCCUAAUCCCAUGUAUUUUGUUCCAUGACACCGUCUAGUUAUCGUUGCCUCGAAUCUAAUAGAUAUUCUAAAACCUAAAAGUAUUAAGUAUAGAUACACAUGUAUGAGCUCAAAGCAAAUAAAGCAUUGGUAUAGUUGUUGUAUAAAGAUACACACCAUUAACCGUACGUGUAGUCGACUAAGUUGUGUACUUGAUUUAAACAUAAGAAAGUGAAGGAGUGUGUUUAUGAUC